AAUUGUAAUAUUCUGGUGUGCGCAUUAUGAAUCUAUAGAGUUAAAGUUGUGUUUUUAAUUCAUAUUGCUAACAGAUACAUAAAUGGCUGGUUAACUCUUUUCAAAAUUAUAAACACCAAGUACUUUUUUUCCGAAACGAUUCUUAUUAUUUCCACAAGAGAUCCAAUAUAAAAAAAAAUUCGCAGCUUACUUUGAAUUUAAGUUUCAUAUAUGCAAAAUUUAGUGAAUUGUUUUGAAAAUAAUUAAAAAUCAUGGAUGAAAACGGUGAGCACGAAACUUCAAAAUGUGUAGAUGAAGAUACAAAUAAAUCCCAACAAUCAGAAUCUUCUAAAUCCUCCGCUGAAAUAGUUGCGAGCUCUUCAGUUGAAAAAGAAGAAAAAGAUAAAAAAAAUUCAGAUAAGGUGUCCCUGUCAAGUUUAUUUAUUGAUCUUGAAGGUAGUCAUACUGGCACAACUGAAACUGAUAUCUUGCAAUUAUGCGAUGAUGAGGAGGCUAAACAGUUCUUUGAAUCUAUAACUGAUUAUGAAACUUUAUCUCAAGAAGGCGUUUCAUUUAAAGAACUUGCUCAAGUUUUACGUCGUUCUAAGAAACCUGUAGCUUCUGCCAAUAGUACUCAACAAGGGCAAUCAGAACCUAUGGGCAAGUACACUAGUGAUGAAACACAUUAUAAUGAUGCAUUUAAACAGAUGUGGGGUGCUGGAAAAGAAAAAACCCAAGGUUCUGAUACUAUAGGAAGAUUUACAAUUGAAGAAUCAAAACACCUCAAACAGGUUGCUACUGGGUUAACUCAUGCAAGCAAACUAAAACUUCGCUCAUGUUACAGCGAUUCGCAUGUUGCACUUAGAUGUCUAAAGGAUAAGGAUGCAAAAGCAAUAAAGACGUCUAAAAGUUCUCCCAGCAUGUUUGCAGAUUUGAUGAACCAAACUUUUAGCCAAAAGGGUCAGCAAAGAAGUCAUGUAAAGGUGGGCAGCUCUGAACCAAAUGAAAAAGAAACAAUUUCUUUCGAUAAAUCAGUAUCUUCAGUAAAGCAUAACCAGGACCUCAACCAGUUCUCUGCCGAAUCGUCUGAUGUACAAGACCCAGGAGAAACAAAUUCUUACGAUUCCUGGUCAAGUGUAACUAAAAAUAUUGCUACAAAUUGUGAUGAUUUGUGCAUUAUUCAUAGAAAUCGUUACGUAAAAGACACUUUAGAUCGAGAUAAUACUGAUACUCUUUCUGAAACAAAAUCUGAUGAUUCGAUUAUAACUGUUAAGUCUUUUGCUCAAAAUGCUGAAAAGAAAUUUGGGGAUGAGAAAAACCCUAAUCUUGUGCAACACGAUGAAGAAAGUGCUGUGCCAAGUACAUACCCUUAUUUUAAUAUACAACAGGAUUCUACUGACGUGUCUCGCUCCCAUUCUUCUGCUUCUGGUGCUGUGAGUACUGCAGCAGUUUUUGAUUCGGUCGAAAAUUAUGUGGUUAGUGCAACCAGCGAGGAUACUGUGACGGGCCUGCAAGUAACCCCAAAUUAUGUACUAGAACCUUCUGAAUUCAAAAUUCCAAAACAAAAGGUCAGGCCAACUCCGUACGAGUACCACACAAUAAAUAUAGAGACCAUUCCAACCCCACCAUCAGAUGCGCACCUCCACCGUUAUUCUAGAUUUAAUAGAAUGUGGCAAAUUGUUAAAGAUUUUUUCACCUCGUUGUUUGUAUGUUUGUCGGUAAAUAGAGAUUGCUUAUUUUGCUUAGGAUUUUUCGUUAUUUUCAUUAUAAGCGCGUCAUUCCUUACCGCUUUCUUUUACCGUACCUUGAAUAUCGGUGGUAGGCAUGUGCAUCAUGUGGAACACAAACAUGUUAUGUUGGAGGAUGGUACAUUUCUUAACUUGUAGAAGGUUUGUGGAGAGCUUAAACUUUAGGAAAGAACUAACUAUCGCCGCUGCUUUAAAACUAUUAUUUUUUUUCAAUUAUUUUAAAUAACCACUGUUUUGAGAAUGAAAGAACACUCAUUUCAUUCAAGCAUAUUUUCCAAAAUUUUCAAUGCUUAUUAAAGUAAAAUAAAAACAAACUGAUA